UCCUUUUUCUACCUUUACAAAUUUACUCUUCUUCUUCUUCAUUUGGUUGAAAUAAAGACUAAGCCUAAGCCUCUUCUAUACCUUAGUUUGGCUUUCAAUGGCUAAACCAAACCUUCAAUUCCUCUUCUUGGUCUGCAUUUUCAGUCUCCUACUAUGCUUCUUCCAUGGAAACUCAUCACAGUUUGAGCUUGAUAAUGAUGAGAAUUCAUGGCUAAAUGAGGAAGAUGAUGAAGUCAUUACGGUUCAAAGUGGGCAGAGGAGCCAGCAAAGUAGAUGUGACUUCUCAAAUGGGAAAUGGGUUUAUGAUCAAUCUUAUCCUCUAUAUGACUCUAAUUGUCCAUAUCUGAGUACUGCUGUGACUUGUCAAAAGAAUGGGAGGCCAGAUUCUGACUAUGAGAAGUGGAGGUGGAAGCCACAGGGCUGCUCCAUUCCCAGGUUUGAUGCACUGAAAUUUCUUGCAAAAAUGAGAAAGAAAAGGAUAAUGCUGGUGGGAGAUUCAAUUAUGAGAAAUCAGUGGGAAUCUCUUGUUUGCCUAGUACAAGGAGUUGUUCCUGCUGGCCGAAAGAAAGUCACCUAUAAUGGUCCUUCUAUGUCAUUCCAUGCCCUGGACUUUGAGACAUCAAUUGAGUUCUCGUGGGCUCCACUCCUGGUAGAGUUGAAAAAAGGACCCGAAAAUAAGAGAAUUUUACAUUUGGAUAUGAUUGAAGAGAAUGCCAGGUAUUGGAGAGGAGCUGACGUGCUUGUGUUUGACUCAGCUCAUUGGUGGACUCACUCGGACAAAUUUAGUUCGUGGGACUAUUUCAUGGAAGGAAGAUCAUUCUACAAAAGUAUGAAUCCGAUGAUUGCUUACCAAAAAGGACUGACAACAUGGGCUAAAUGGGUAGAUUUGAAUCUAGACCCUCAUAAAACUCGAGUCAUUUUCCGGAGCAUGUCACCUAGGCAUAACAGAGAAAAUGGUUCGAAAUGCUUUAAUCAGAAGCAGCCUCUUGCUGCUUUUAGUCAUCAACAUGUUCCUGAACAAAUGCUGGUACUACAAGGGGUACUAAGAAAGAUGAGAUUUCCGGUAUAUCUACAAGAUGUAACUAGAAUGUCUGCUUAUAGAAGAGAUGGUCAUCCUUCUGUCUACAGAAGGGCUAUGGGACAGGAAGAGAAGCAGCACAUAAAAGACUUUUCCUCUGACUGCAGCCAUUGGUGCUUGCCUGGUGUGCCUGAUAUUUGGAAUGAACUGUUGAAUGCCUUGCUCUAAAUUUGAAACUAUUGAAGAAAAAAAAAUGUAGGUAAACUGGUUAGAAUAACUGUUCUGCCAUUUUGGAGUUUGUUUCUUCUUUCUUAGGGUCUGUAAAAUUAAGUCAUGGCUCUGUUUUGUUCUGUUUCUUCCGGUUGUUUUAUUGCAGUGUUGUAUGAUGAUGAUGGUAUGUUUGGAAAGUGGCUCUAAUUGUCAGUACCAAACCAUAUAGGCCAAGGUACUCUUU